AUGGGAGAAGACAAGCAAAGCGAUGAGGGGAAGAUGACCGAGAAGGGGGCAACGGAGUUGCCAAUUCAGAACACGUACAGCUUCUGGUACAUCAAGCGGAACACUGGCAAUAAGGCUGUUAGCGAGAGCUAUGAGAAGAGCAUCAAGGCACUUGGUAACUUUAAGACGGUGCAAGACUUUUGGAAGAUCUAUAACCACUUGGUGAGGCCGAAUGACCUCCCGAAUACUAUGGACUACCACUUGUUUAAGACCGGCAUCAAGCCCAUGUGGGAGGACGCAGCCAACCGACGAGGCGGCAAGUGGAUGGUGCGCCUUCGCAAGGGAAUCGCGUCUCGUUAUUGGGAAGAUCUGGUGCUGGCAAUCAUUGGCGAACAAUUUGACGUGGGUAACGAAAUCUGUGGCGCUGUGAUUUCGGUGCGAUACAACGAAGACAUUAUCUCACUUUGGAACCGCAAUGCCGACAACAACGAGGCGUGUCACCGUAUUCGUGAUACGAUGCGGAAGGUGCUGAAUCUGCCACAGUUUGUGGCACUGGAGUACAAACGUCACGACACGUCACUGAAUGACAACUCUAGCUUCCGCAACACGACGCUGUGGCGCUCAGACAAGAACGAGGGCAACCAUCGCGAUGCACCCUCGGGCGGAGAACGUGCUCCAGCAGGCUCUCGCGUUUCUCGUGACAAGUCGUCUGGCCACCAGAGAUCUCCAUGGGGUCGUGAAAGUAAGCGGUCUUUCUUCAGGUCGGACACAAACGACGCUGGUAACCAGCGCAGCAAUAGGUCGAAUGACGACAAGGUCGAAGGUGAUCAUUAG